AUGAUGACCACAACUACAACAGAAACAACCACAACAGUAACAAGUUGCUCAAAACUGAGACGGGAGAUUUCAAAUAAUACAAAAGCCUAUAACAACCAACAUCUAUCAUUUUCUUCAGUUACAGACAUGACUGUAAUGAAUGACAUGGGGGAAAAAAGAGAAGGUUUAUCAAAAGGUAUUGAAGAAACAAGUUUUACAAUUAGAAAAGAUAAAGAGAAGAUGGAUUUUGAACUAUCAAUUAAAGAAAGCCUAACGCUGGAAGACGUUGACCGGUUAGUAGAGUGUAUAGCUGCUAAUGUUCCGGCCAAUGAACCAGAGAUAGAAAAUCGUCAUAUUGAAGAUAUAUUCUAUGAAUAUUUAAACCAAGAAAACUUGAGGUUGAAAAUCUUGUUGAACAAGAAUGGUUGGAUCUUAAGGCACACGUUUUGGUUUCAAGAUCUAAAAUCAACUUUUUUCCCUAUACCUCAAAUGAGCAGUGAUGCGCCUAAUUACUUUCUAAAAUUUACCUUAACUGGUCAUACAAAGGCAGUUUCAUCAGUAAAAUUUAGUGAAAAUGGUCAAUGGUUAGCAAGUUCAUCUGCAGAUAAACUUAUCAAAGUGUGGAGUGCUUAUGAUGGAAAAUUUGAAAAAUCUAUCAGUGGUCAUAAAUUGGGGAUUUCAGAUGUUUCAUGGUCAUAUGACUCAAGAUUUCUUUGCAGUUCUUCUGAUGAUAAAACUUUGAAAUUAUGGGAUUUAGUCACUGGAAAGUGUUUAAAAACUCUGAAAGGUCAUAGCAAUUAUGUGUUUUGCUGUAAUUUUAAUCCACAAUCAAAUUUAAUUGUUUCUGGAUCUUUUGAUGAAAGUGUUAAAUUAUGGGAUGUUAAAACUGGCCGGUGUAUUCGCACCCUACCUGCUCACUCGGAUCCAGUUACAGCUGUUAACUUUAAUCGAGAUGGUUCACUUAUAGCCUCUAGUAGUUAUGAUGGAUUAUGUCGAAUUUGGGAUACUGGAUCUGGUCAAUGCUUAAAAACUCUAAUUGAUGAUGAUAAUCCUCCUGUUUCAUUUGUUAAAUUUUCACCUAAUGGCAAGUAUAUUUUAGCUGCUACACUUGACAGUUGUCUGAAAUUAUGGGAUUACACAAAAGUUACUGGUGGGAAGUGGGUUGUCUCCGGAUCUGAAGAUAAUUGUAUCUAUUUAUGGAAUUUACAGACGAAAGAAAUUGUACAAAAGCUUUCUGGGCAUAAUGAUGUUGUUUUGUGUACUGCUUGUCAUCCUCAAAUGAAUGUGAUUGCAUCAGGAUCAUUAGAAGGCGAUAAAACAAUUAAGAUAUGGACUAGCGAUAACUAA